GUAGAUAAGAUUAAAAAAGAGCGAGGUGUGUGGAGACGUUCUUUCUGAGUUGAUUCGGACUAACUGUGGUUGGAGUAGCUUCUGUGUUUUGGGCUCUGUGACGCUGGGUCGACUGGCACUCUCUCCUGAGUAUAAAAAAAGAUUCUUAAUGGGCGAAGGUGCGAACGAUGGCUGAUAGCAGAGUUGACUACCUGCACGGGCAACACGUAGCAGUGCAGAAAAAGACCUUCACGAAAUGGAUGAACGGACACUUGAGACAGCACACCCUGGAGGUGGAGGACCUGUUCGUGGACCUGGAGGACGGAAUCAAGUUGAUGAAGUUACUCGAGAUCAUCACGGGGGAGGACCUGGGAAAACCGCAGAAGGGUCAGACGCGCUUCCACAAACUCAGCAACGCCAACAGAUGCCUCGCCUUCGUCCAGAGCAAAACGAGGCUGGAGAGCAUCGGAGGACCGGACAUUGUAGACGGCAACCACACACUCAUCCUGGGCCUGGUGUGGACCAUAAUCCUUCGUCUUGAGAUCGAGAAAUUAGUCAUCGGAGAAGACGAACCAGGCCGAGGUGGCAAGAAAACCCAUAAGGAGAAGAUCCUGGACUGGUGCAAGAAGAUAACAGGCGAAUACUCGAACCUCACCAUCAAGGACUUUUCCAGUUCGUGGAGUGACGGUAUGGGAUUCAACGCUCUAAUCCACGCUCAUCGGCCCGACAUAAUAGAUUACGAAUCCCUGAAGCCAGAUGAGCCCAUUCGUAACCUCAAUAACGCCUUCGAUGUGGCUCACAGGGAACUCGGAGUCGAGAAGAUUCUCGACGCCGAAGACAUUGCAACGAGUCACCCAGACGAGAAAAGCAUCCUGACCUACUUAGCGUCUUUGUAUCAGAGUCUGGGUCAGCUGAAGAAACCAGAUGUGAAGCUGAUGAAAAGCAACGACGCCAUCAAGACCAGAUACGAUUCCCAGGCGAGUGAACUCAUGCAGUGGAUUCUGGCCAAAAUCUCCCAGCUGGACGAUCGGCAACUUCAGGACUCGAUCGACGGCGUCCUUCAGCUGAAGCGAGACUUCAUGUCAUACUUGGUCGCAGAAAAACCGCCCAGACAUGAUGAGAAGAUCGAGUUGGCCAAGACUCUUCACGGUCUUCAGUUUGGUCUUAGAAUGCUGAUGAUGCCGAAAUACAUCCCCCCUUCCGGAAUCAGGCUGCACGACAUCAAGACCCAGUGGACCAGAUUAGAAGUGGCCGAAACGGAGAGGGAUGAGGCGCUGAACGAAGAGCUCAGAAUGAAGAUGGAAAUGGAAAGAAUGGUCGGGAAUUUCAUUCACGAGAGCGAACGUUGCCAAACUUUCUUGGAAGAGAUGUUGACGGUCGUGCAAGAGGACAAAACCAAGGUUGUCGUUACCCUGGAAGAGCUGAAGGCGAGUGUGUCUAAAAAUGAGGCGCUAACAUUCCACAUUGUUGAAAAGCAAUUAAGGGUGAUGAACUUGACCAAGAUGAUAGAUGAACUGGAAUCCGUGGGGUGCCGAGACGUACAAGAGUUCAGGGCGAAGGAAAGGGUCAUCGUGGCCUUGUGGAGCGAUAUCAUGGAACUGCUGGAAGAGAAGAAAUGUCACCUUCAGUCGUGCUUUGGACUUGUCCAGCUUAUGUGCAAAGUGAACAGCCUCGAAAUUUCAAUACAAGAAGAAAAGGCUAAUGUCAACUCCAGCGACACAGGAGAUCACUCUCUGGCGGUGGAGGAGCAUUUAGAGAGGCUUUCAGUGCAAGAGUCCCAGAUCAGGAUCUUAGGAGACGUGUUAGAGGAAGUGACCACUCAGGAAGAGAGUCUGUCCAAGUCCUGCAGAAUGGACUUGUCAGCCGCACAGAAAAAGGUCAAGGAAUUAAACGAGGCCUAUCAAAUGCUACUCCACAUCACCUCCAGGAGACGGACGUUGUUGGAAGAUACUAAAGUGGUCUUCCAGCUUGAGAAUGACACUGAAGAAGAGAGGAUUUGGGUAGAAGAACAGCUGCUGUUGUAUAAGAGCAAAGUUCCGAGGGGAUGUGCAGCUUCUGCGGUGACUUCACUCCAGCAGAGAAAUAAAGUCGUGGAAGAAGAGAUGCGGACUCGAAGGGCCAGAACAGACAUUCUCAUCAAGUCAUCUACUAAACUGCAAAAGUCUAAUACGAUGGUCACUCAAAGAUUGAAUGAACUUGGCAUGCGACUCAAGCACCGCUGGCUGGUUCUGGAGCGAUGUGUCGCCAACAGGAAGAAUCGUUUAGAAACAAUCGCUUGCGCUGCUGCGUUCUGUACAGCUGCCAGUGAAUGUGAGUCUUGGAUCGAUGACGUCAUGACGAUAUGCCGGUCCAGAACCUCCAGGGAGGUCGUCAUACCCGACGCCAAGGUCUUCCAACAGCAAGCAAAGGUCGAUGAGGAAAUCAGAGCCUACGAGGGAGAAAUCAAGAAUUUGAACGCUCUCGGACAAAAACUCUUGAGGACGAUAUCUUCACCACAGGUACCAGAGGUGAAAGUUAGGCAGACUUCAAGUUCAUCCAGCUCAUCAUCCAGCUCAUCCAGUUCAAGCUCCUCCUCGUCUUCAUCUGACGAGGACGAAACACUGUCGAAAGACGAGGCUGUCAAAACGAAGUCCAAAAAUAAGAAAUUCAACUUUGAGGAUAAAGAAGCCGUCGAGAAACGCCUCCAGUCGGUCAACUCAUUGUACAGACAACUUUGCGAGUACUCUCAGAAACACCAGUUCCAUCUCCAAGAGUCUUUCAAGGUGAACCAAUUCCUUGAGGAAUGCGACGACUUUGAGCAGUGGCUGAAAGACAGGGAACGACUGCUGAGAACCGAGACCUCUGGUGAUAUGGAGAUGGAGAAAAGGCGCUAUGAUAAAGUCGUAGAAGACCUGAAGCCGGCAGCUGCGAGGCUUGUGGUGAUAGAUAAGAACGUCCAAGAACUCAUAGCAUCCGGGAACAGCCAAGUGGACAGAAUUAAGCACCGCAAAGCUCAACUCUACGAGCAGUGGGCUCUCCUGAACCGCCUCCGUCAACAGAAAGAACACAGUCUGCGGGCAGCUGCUACAGUCAACGACUUUUUGCAGAGCUGCGAUGAAAUUGAAGACUGGAUGGAGAAGAAAGUGGCGAAAGUGGACAGUGGGUGUGUGGACAAGGAUCUCUCUGCUGUACAGCUUCAGCAGCGGAGCCUUGAGCAGCUGGAGAGAGAACUUGGGCCCAUUAAAGAAAAGCUAGGACGGGUCAACCUGAUGGCAGAGUCUGUCAAAAUUUCAUACCCGACUGAUUCCAAGGUUAUAGUAAAACGGCAACAAGAAGUCCAGGCCUGCUGGAAAAACCUUAACGACAGACUAGAGAAACGGAAAGCUGCUUUAGAAGAAGCUGUGGUACUGAUCCAUUUUUACAACAUGGAAAAGGAUGUGAGUGGCCAUAUAAGCGAGAUCUGGAUGAAUCUGAACACGCCAAUUAGCGGGGAGGACGUUGCAGAGGCCCACCAGGAUCUGGCCCAAGAAAUUCAAACGCUUCAAAGAGAAACUGAAGAUCUAACGAAGCUUGGAGGGAAGAUCGUGAAAAAGUAUCCAGGCAGACAAGACAUAAAAGAGAAGCUGGCAUCCCUCCCGAGUGAGACAGAAGAGGUUCAAAAGGCGUGGACGUUGAAACUCGCUCAGCUGCAGCAGACAGUCGAGCUUCGGCAUUUCAUCAGGGAGGCGGAGUACAUCGACGUCACGACGCGGUCGUACGAAGCUCUCCUGAGCACUGAAGACCUCGGCGAUACUCUGGAGGAGGCAGAACUGCUCCUGAGACGCCACAAUGAAUUUGAAAAAGUUUUGUCCGCCCGGCAAGGGAGGCUGGAGGGGUUCAUUCAGUUGGCUGACAAACUAAUUCAAUCCACCCACCCAGACACUAACCAGAUUACCCAUCGGAAGGAUCAGCUCUGCAAACGUCGAGAAGUGAUCACUGAUCUUGCCAGGGCGAGGAGAGCGAUUCUCGUUGAUUCUGUGGCUUAUCAGAAAUUCAAGGCUGAUGUCCAUGAUUUUGAAGACUGGAUAGCUGACAAGAAAGAAAUCGCCGCUGAUGAAUCCUACAGGACGCUGAUUUCCAUCAAGAGGAAGAUCCAAGUCCACCAGAUUUUGGAGAGCGAGCUCAGGUCCAAUGAGAGUCGCCUUCGUGACCUUAACGGAAUCGAACAAGGGCUCACCCAGAAGAAGCACUACCAGAUGGAAAGCAUCCAGGCGAUUGUGACUCACAUGAAUGGUGAGUGGAACGAACUGUGCGCCCUCGUGAAGGAGAAGGGUUCAAGGUUGAAGCAAGCAGAGGAAGUGAGUCUCUACAAUGAGGGAAUGGAAGAGGCCAUGAAUAGGCUCAUAGCCAUUGACAGGAUCCUGGAAGGCACUGAGGUCGGCCGUGACCUUCGUUCUGCUAUUAUUGCUCUGAAUAAGCAGCAGAAUCUGGAGAGGGAUUUAGUGAACUUGGAAAAAGUCAUGAGUGAACUCAAUGAAAAAGCGGAGAAUAUGAUAGGAGAAGGGCACUUUGAUUGUGACAACAUAGACGCUUCAUCUCGAAUGGCAAAAGCGAGGCUUCAUGAAAUAAAGGCUUUAUCGUGUCAUUGGCGUCUCACCUUGGAAGACUCCCUGAAGGGCUAUAAGUUCAUUUAUGAAGCGGACUUGGAGUUCCAACUUCUCUCAGAAUACAACCACCUAGCUUCCUCCAAGGAAAUUGCGACUGACUUGUCCGGAUCACGACUGAUGAUGGCAAAACACAUGAAAUUAAAAUCUGAAGUGGAGAGUCAUCAACCCAAGUUUGAGGACAUAUUGGAGAGGGCGAAAAGAAUUGCUGAGGAAAACAACUCCCACAAGAAUAACGUUGAAAAUCGCGUAGAAGUUCUGAAACGAGUCUGGUCAGAUCUCCAGGAGAGCAUGACGAAGAGAGACCAUCUCUUAGAGGACAGCCUCAAAGCCUAUAACUGUCUGGCUGAGAUCGAAGAUUUGGAGAGUCUGAUCGACAAGUCUAAAUUUGAAUUGAUGAACCACGAUGGAGAUGAAGUCGACGCUGCAGGAAAGAGGAAAAAGAAACACCAUCGCAGCUCGAGCAGUAGCAACAGCAGCAGCAGUAGUCACAGCAGCAGGAGCAGACCAGGACGCAGCAGUAGAAGCCACAGUGGUGGGCGUACAGAAGAGCCAAAACGUCAGCGCAAGAGUAGGAAAGAUAAGCGUAGCAGCAGCUGCAGUAGUACUAGCCAGGAUAGAAGUGAGAAUAAUCCCUGCUCUGAGCAAAAAAUCAGAACCCACAGUUGUAGCAGCAGUAGCAGCAGCCACAGCCACACUCAGAGUCCUAAGGAUGUACAUAGGAAAGGUCGUAGAAGUAGUACUAGUACUAGUAGUGGCAGUAGCAAGAGCAGGAGUCGCAGCAGUAGUCGUGAUGAUGGUUCCAAGGAUAAACCCACACGCAAGCACAGACACGGCAGAAGUCGCGACAACAGCAGCCGGAGCAGCAGCGCCAGCAAUAGUGGUCACAUCCACGGACCCAAACGCAAGCAGAGAAAAAGUCGAAGUCACAGCAGAAGCAGAAGCCGCAGCAGGAGUCGUAGUGGUGACCAUAAGGAAAGCAGACAAAACGACAACGCCAUUGGCUACCCAAGCCGUGACACCAACAGAAGUCGUAGUAGAAGCAGCAGCAGCAGCAGCAGCAGCCAGGGUUGUACCUCAGACCAUGAGACAGGUCUGUGUCAGGAGAGACGUCACUCUCCUCGCCGGGGACGCAAAAGGAACCGCAAACUCCGAAAACGUCGCAAAGGCAGAGGCAGCCGUAGCCACAGCAGCAGUAGCGACAGCUCUGAUGGCAGUGAGGUGCUAGACCCUGAGGAACUGAUGGUGAAGCACAAGGCCGUCGAUAAAGAUAUCCACAAGUACAAGGACUCCGUGGCUAGGAUAUCACUCCUAGCAGAUACACUGGAUGAGGACAACCACCCCGACUCAAAGCAAAUUCGAGACCGCUUACAGGUAAUGGCAGAGAAGCUCGAGGAUCUGCAGAAAGAACUGGACCACAACCAGAGCAGAGUCCACCAGGGCCUUGAGCUACAGCAGUUCCUGCAGGAAGCCACAGAACUCGAGCGGUGGAUUGCUCAACACAACCCUUCAGUCGCGUCCUCCGAUUUUGAACAGGACUAUGAGCACAUUGUGUCGCUGCAGAUUAAAUUUGACUACCUGAAGGAGCGAGUGUCCUGCGGCUGCCAGCGAUUCCAGCACUGCGAAGAAUUGGCCACGAGGCUGAUGGUCGAGGGAGGUGCUUUUGCUUCUCAAGUAGAAAGGCGACAGACUAAGCUUAAGAGAGCCUGGGACAGACUCUUACAUUCCAUUGAGGUCACAGCCCGGGAGCUGAAAGAGGCUGGUGAAUUGCAUCUGUUCCGCCGUGACGUCGCAGACUACAUCAUCCAGAUCAGUGAAAAGGAGACAGUCAUCAGCAAAGAGAUAACGUUCGACAUCUCUACAAUCAAGGCUCAGCAGUUGAAACUGACUCUGCUGGAGAAGGAUCUCGUUAUUCUCGGGGCUCACGUUGAGGGUGCCGUCAAAACAUCGACCAGACUACAAAGAACUUAUCAAGGAAGCAAGAACACAGAGCACAUUGUUCAAGAGGAGAACCAGCUGAUGGAGAGAUGGAAUAACCUUCGGAAGAAAAUUGCCAAGAGAAAGGAGCAGUUGGCUCUAGCUGCUGAAAGGUGCACGCUUUUGAUUCAGUCUCAGAGUCUUCGUGACUGGACACAGGACUUGCAAGCGGCAAUCAAGGAUAAGGAUAAGCCCCGCAGUCUUGAGGAGGCUCUCGUUCUCAAAGCCAGCCAGGAACAAGUCAAGGCCGAGAUAGAAUCCCGGAAGGAGGACUUCAGCAAAGUCAUUGAGAGCGGCAGGCUGAUAGUGGAGAGCAGCAGCUCUGACUCUGAGAGCGGCUCAAGUUCAGACUCUAGUGACAGUGACUCGGACAAUGAGGGCAAACCGCUGUCGGAGGAGGUCAAGAAUGAAAUCGAGGAGCUGUCCAAAGAGUGGACUGAGCUGUUCCAGGAAGUUGACAACCAAGUUCGUGGACUUGAAGGAGUCAAGGAAAUGGUUGAGUUCGAUGCGAAGAUCAGGAGAAUUCUAGACAAAAUCAGGAUUAAGGUGUUUCUGUUGGAGAUCCACGAGGAUGAUGCUGUCUGUUACUUGCGAGUCUAUGUUUCUGAUGUCAACAAGAAUUAUGACUUAGAAUCCAUUCAAGACUUGAUCAGACGACACAAGAUCUUUGAGGAACAAAAUGAUGAAAUUGGAAAGGAGGUGAGUCAAGUGGACCAGGAGGGGAGAGAACUCAAAGAGAAACACCCUCAGGCUGAGAACCACAUCUCUUCCAAACUCGCUGAAGUCCACAGAGCGCUUGCCGUGUUGGUCCAGAAGUCUGAAGGUCGCAGAAGCAAGCUGCAGGUUGCAGAGAAAGUACAGGAGUUUACUGAUCAGUAUGAAGCAUUAAUGUCAUGGUCGUAUGAAAUGCUCAUCAAGAUAACAGCACCCGAUCUUCCUUCGAGUGUGUCAGGCUCCGAGUUCGUCAUCUCCCGCCACCUUCGGUACAAGACGGAGCUGGACGGCCAAAGGGAGACGUUUGAGACGUGCACAGAGAGCGGCUGGGCUCUAGUUAGAGAUGGGGCUUUAUUGCAAGAUGAAAUAAAAAAGAAAGUUGAGAAUCUGGAAGCCCGCGGUCUCCUCCUGAUAAACGUCUGGAAAGCGAGAUUCGUCAUCUAUAAGUGUAACUUAGAUGUGAGGAUUUACCUACGAGAUGCAAAGGAGCUUGAAGAGUGGAUGAACGCUGGAGAACGAGUAUUGCGGAUUGAAGACCUAGGACAGUCAGUGGAGGAAGUGGAGGAACUCAUACGCAAACAUGAAGACUUCCUCGCCUCGAUAGACUCACGGAGUCACGAUCUCUGCAACAUCACUAGACUCACUUCCAUAGAAGAAAAUUUCCAGGCGCAGAAGAGACUGGAAAGCUCCUCGAUGGAAGAAGGACAAUGGAUGGACAGAAAACUCGCCCAGGAGAUGGAGGAAUCAACCAGAAGGAUAGAAGAGGAAGAAAGGAAGAGAGAGGACACGAAGACCAGACGUACCUCUAGCAGCAGUAGCAGUAGCAGUAGCAGUAACAGCAGCAGCGGUGAUGACGGUGAGCCCAGCAGAGCAGAGAAGCAGCAAGAGGAGAGAGAAGAGAGAAGGGGAGAACUGGAGAGUCGAAGCGAAACUCUGGACAGGACAGUUGAUGACACAGACACAACCAAAUACGGACCGGUUGAAAUUGUGGUCACAGAAUUCCUUGACGUCCAUGAAGAGGACACGACCUAUCCAGGCAUCCCUGAGCCACACGAGGUAGCGGAUGUCGAGUUCCACGAUGCCCUGGAGAAUGACGACGACCCAGCUGCUGUAGGACUAGUCGGUGAGGAGCCGUGGAGUGAAUUCAAAGACGCCCUGACAGAAAAUGUCGGUCUGUCAGCCUCAGGCCGAGAGGGCGACCACCACCUAGGAGAGACGACGACAACGAGCGAUGAAAGCCGUCGAGGUUCCUCAAGCAGCAGCACCAGCAGCAGUGAUGACCCCGUAGGUUUCAAGGAUGCACCUGAAGAUCACGACAACCCAAACAAGAAAUUUGCCUCUGCUGCCAGCAGUGGAGAGAACUCCGGUGAUGGGAAGAAGAAAAAACACGAGAAGAAGAAGAAGAAGAAGAGCAAGAAGACCAAGAAAAAGGACAGGAAAGAUUGUAAAGUUAUGUGAUGGGCUGGAAGACUUUAGGGAGCUAAAAUUGUCCUCGCAGAGGUUAUAGCUAUUGGACGGUGAAUGAGUUUGCAUUCACAUUUUCCUGUCGGGAAAUGGCUAUUCAAUCCACAUUUAGGGUUUCUUAGUGUGAUCAUUUCAUCUCUUAAAUACUCUGGUAAUGACGUUACAAAUGUCUUCAUAUUAAAAACUGUGAUUUACUUGCUGAUUCAUUUUUUGUGAAAAGCCACAAUUUUCUAAAAACGGUCCAGUAGUGUAGCUGUCUCAUGACUGUGAAUUGGAAACUACCUGUUAACAAAUAAUGAAAUAUUAUGCUCUCGAUAGGCAAUGCAAAAUCUCUCAUCCAUUUAGUCUUUAAUGCCGAUACAGUUCAUUUUCAAAACGAUGGAUGAUUCAGAUAAUUCUUAUCAUGUGACUCGGUUAUCAAAAGGAGAAUGUGAGGGCUUCAGCUUAGAACUAAGAUAUGAAUAUCUGUUUUAGUCUUAAGAAUUGUUAAUUUAAUCAAGCGCUCUUUUUCAAUGCAAGUUUCAGAGAGUUGCAAUUAGGCUUAAUAUAUUGAGUGUGAAGUUGCUGUGACACAGUCUUUGUUGAGCGUUUGGUUUUUCUUUUCAUUUUCUAACUUUUCUUAGAAUAUUUGUUUCUAGUUACAAUGAUCCAAUUUCAGUUGAACAAGUUAUGAACUAAUGGAUCCGGCUUUGUUCCCAAGACCAGCUUCAGGUGAAGAUGUUUAAAUGUUUCAAUAAGCAAAACGUUCCUCGUAACCUGAGGGACAACUAAACAAUACAUCCUAGAAAAUAUUUACAUAAAUAGUUUUGACUGUGCUAUGUGCUUUAUUGUUAUCUCACUGGGCAUCAGAUGAAAAUCAUAGCUUACUUUGUCAUUAAUCUUUGCCAGAGAAAGUUUUAAGAGCUGAAGACAAUAAGUCUGGCUAAUAAAUAACUAUGUGAAUGCACCACAUGCUUCUCUUUCUAAUUUACAGUGUGAGAAAGGAAGCUCAACUGUUCAUGUGAUAUAAAUUCAGAUUUUUCAUUAUUUCCACAAGUUUCCAUUGAACGUACUAUUCAAAGAAAGGAAAUGUGGAAAACGUGACAAAACUACCCACUCUCUGCAAACCGAUUUAUCCGCCCUGGUUGUGGGCCGGGUAGGUAGAGGAACGGGAGGGUUUUGGGGAGACAUCUACCUUCCGCCUGCAGGGGAGAGAGCAGAGCCAGGGUCCAGCACGCGUAGUAUGCGCCAACAAGCUAACGAGGAAAUAAAAGUCACAGCACUUA